AUGCCUGAAGUAGAUGAAUUCGACGAGGAAGACAUCCUGAGCGACGGCGUCGCGUCGGACUCAGACUCAUACUCCCCUAAACCCUAUCGUAUCCAAGAAAUCCCCUCUAAGGGCCUAGGGGUGGUAGCAGCCAUUGAUUUCGCGCUCGGGGAUCUCAUCAUCGUCGAGUCCCCCUUGCUCCUCUUCCGACCCGAGGGGCCCACGAUUUCCAGCGACCUCGGUGCAUUCGAAAAGCUUGAGGAUGGGAAGAAGGAGGCGUACAUGAAGCUGGAUAACGUGCAUCCCGAGAGUGAGUGCCCCCCGCUCGUCGGCAUCUUCAACACGAACGCAUACGACGUGCAGGAGUCCGAUCACGCUGACUCCGACGACGACCCGCCUUGCGUAGCCGUCUUCAACGACAUCUCGCGGAUAAAUCACAGCUGCAGCCCCAACACCAUCCGCCUCUGGCGCGCCUCCUCCUCCGCAAUGCACAUCUCCGCCUGCCGCGCCAUCCCCGCAGGCACGGAGCUCACCACGUACUACCGCGACCCCUUCCUCCCGUCAUCCGAACGCCACGCCACGCUCCUCGCCAUCUACAAAUUCCGCUGUGUAUGCCCGUCAUGCCUCAACCCCGCCGCCUCUGACAAUAGACGUCUGCGCCUCCGACAGUCCCGUGGCCGGCUCGCUGACCUCGUCGCAUGGGCCCGCGUCGCGCCGCCCUCGCCCGACCUCCUUGCGGACACUUUGGAGCUGCUGGCGCUGGUGCAAGAGGAGGGGCUGGAGAGCCAGCAUGUGUAUGGGCGCGUGCUCAGGCAUUUGAUGUGUAUAUCCUACGUGAUGCAGAUGUGUGCUGAGGAAGGAGAGGACGACAUAGGCAGUAAUGUGGAGGGAGAGGGGUACGAGGGAUAUAAGCGUAUGUUGAGGGCGUGGAGGAUGGCAAAUGGGGCGGAGGAGGUGGGUGUGGGGAGGGUGGAGCUCGCGGAGGAGGAGAUGAUGCGGGUUGCGGUAAGCAGGCGACGUACUGGGGGUUAG